AAGCAGCGGAGCUGGGAUUAGAACCCAUGACCUCUGCCUCCCAAGCCCAUGCUCUUUCCACUAAGCCAAGGUGGAAAGAGUAGCUGCUCCAGGAGAGAUACGAAAGACACAGUCAAGAAGUUUUCCUCUGCCAGGAACCCGAGAUGGUUGUGGAUUGUGUCAUGUGACUUUCAACUGAAAAUUCUGCUGCCCUUCCCCAGUGCCACCCGAUUGGAAGAUGCGCUGGCUAAAGCUGUGCCCGCUGCUGCUGCAAUGCUUACAGAGGACACUUUAUGGAAAAGGAGGCAGAGCCUCUGGGUGAUGAUCCCAAUUAUGUUGAUAUGGCAGAUUUCCUAUUGGCACACAGAGGCAAUGAAAGAUCAAGAGAGAAAGGUUGUCACUGUGGGUUCAUCUGUGCCCCUUUCUGCACCACUAAGGACAUCCUCCAGUCAACUCAUCCAGUGGGAAUUCAUCGGCGACAUCCCCCUCCAGGUCAUCGUGGAGUACAGUAACACAACAGGCCGAAUGACCGUCUACCCACCCUACAAAGGCCGAGUCCAGUUCAGUCCAGAGAAUAGCUCCCUCUUGUUGAUGAACGUGCAAGAGACUGACAGUGGCACCUACAAAGUGGUUUUCGAUCUGAAUGAAAAAGAAGCCAAGAAAACUCUACUGAAAGUCAUCAAACCCAUUUCCAAACCCCAGAUGAGGAUCAACACCUCGCUCACAGGAUCCGCUGCUAGACUAUCCUGUGAAGUGGCAGAAGGCCAAGUGGAUGCUGUUGUUUGGAUGAAGGAUGGGCAACCACUGCCGCCUGAGAAAUGUUACCAACUUUCUGACAACCAGAGUGUUCUCUCUAUUAAAAAACUUGAGAGAUCAGACUGUGGGUCCUUUUCCUGCAAUGUCAGCAAUGAAAUCCAGUGGCAGGAAGCUUCUCUAAAUGUCUCUGUGCAAGGUAUCCCAUCAAAUUUUCAGUGGGCUCUGAUAUGUGCUGCUGUUGCCUUGGUAAUUUUUGGAUUCUCUGCCUCAGUUUUCCUUUUCCUCCUGUUUAAGCAGAAGCAACAAAGAAAAACUCUUCCGAUGACCUUGAAUGCCACAGCAUUUAUUGGUGCGAUCUUGUUUGUCAUAUCAAUCUCUUUUAGUGUCAGAACCAUCUAUGACUUCCAAGGACAAGGCUGCGCUGAGCUCUCUCACCUUACAUUCAGCCUGGCCAUUCCAGCUCUGAUAACCUUUAUUUUCUUCCUAGUCCUCUCUGUUGUGUAUUUCAGGAGGAAGAAAAGAUCCAUUUUGGAAAACCAGAAGACAUGGAGCCACCAUGUUCAUGUUGGCAUUCCAAAUGACUCCAGUAAUCAAGUCAAAGAAGUUGAGUUGAAAAAUCUCAAAAGUAAUCCUUAAGGGCACCACGUCAACUUUUGAAAUAAUGAGUAUUAUUGAUGAAAUCUUUGUCAAUGUGAUUUGUUUUUAAAUAAAGUUUUUUUCACAUCAA